AUGAUUGGGCGCCAUGGUGCCCAAAGUGUGAAAAAUGGUCCAGUGAUGCAGGCGCCAUGGCUCCCACUCUGGGCGCCAUGGCGCCCGAUUCAUUCUAUAUAUAGCUGGUGUUUUUCCUCUUCAUGGAACACCCGAUUUUUGGAGAGAAAAGUGAGAGAGCUUGGAUUGAAUUUAACAAAGGUGGGGUCCACGAUUAUUUUAAUCGUGGACCACACCCACUUGAAUGUGUGUAUGCUGUGUAAAAAAAGUCCUCGUGCUACAUCCUUCUGCUGCUUGCCAGUGAAGAUUUUGUCUUCCUUACUCUUUUACAUUCUUCUCUUGUCUUUACUCUCGGGAUUCCGCAGAGCUGCUGAUACAUUGAGCUCAAAUGGCACCAUCACCUACGGUGAGACUUUGGAAUCCUCAGGCCAAAGCUUUGAAUUAGGUUUCUUUUCCCCCAAUAAUUCUGGCAAAUGGUACAUAGGAAUAUGGUACAAGAAAUUCCCAGAAAUCAUUGUGUGGAUUGCAAACAGGGAAACCCCAUUAAGGAAUUCAUCUGGUGUUUUAACAAUUACCCCUAACGGAGAUCUUGCUAUUAUGAAUGCAAUGACGGGCGACGUUUUCUGGUCAUCCAAUUCUUCUAAAAAUGAACCAGCAACAGCGGCACAGCUAUUGGAAUCUGGUAACCUUGUACUCAGAAGAAAAGAUGAUACCACACAGAACUAUGUAUGGCAAAGCUUUGAUUUCCCAUCCGAUACGCUUUUACCAGGAAUGAAACUAGGGUGGAAUUUGAGCACCGGCACAAACAGGGGAUCAGAAACAAUUUACAGGUCAGGACCAUGGAAUGGAAUUGAAUUUAGCGGUUCCAUUAACUGGAAGCCGGUUUUUGAACGCAUUUUUGUUUACAAUAAUGAAGAACUGUACUAUAUGAAUGUGGUUGUCGACAAUUCAAUUAUUACCAGGCUUACAGCGUAUCAAUCAGGUUUUGUCCGACGUUUCAUACUGAAACAGGGGGGAUUGUCAUGGACUGCUAUGGAUUCAUCACUGAAUGAUCAGUGCGAUGACUAUGGAUUAUGUGGUGCUAAUAGCAUUUGCAAAACCAAGAGUAGACCAAUUUGUGAGUGCUUACACGGAUUUGUUCCUAAAUCGCAGAGUGAAUGGGAUGCACGGUACUGGUCCAGUGGAUGUGUGAGGAGGACUCCAUUGAGUUGCCUGCAGGAUCACAUUAAAUUUUUAAAGCUUGGAGGUGUGAAAUUGCCAGAUCUCCUUCAGUUUUCACUAAACAAGAGCAUGAGUCUAAAAGAAUGUCAGGCAGAAUGCUUGAAGAACUGCUCUUGCAUGGCUUACGCAAAUUCAGAUAUUCGUGAAGGUGGUAGUGGUUGUUUCAUGUGGUUCGGGGAUCUGAUCGAUAUUCAAGAGUUUUCUGAAAGAAAAGAACGAUACAUCUACAUGCGAAUAGCAGCAGCCGAACUUAGUAAGUAUAUUCAAGUUUAUCUUAGGACAGAAUUUGAAUUCUUUUUCUAUGUAGGACAGAUGAUCAAUCAGAAUAUUGUUCUUGCAAUGCUUAUCCUCGGCUUCUUGAUCUUUCGUCUCCUCAAGAAGAGAGAAUCGAAAAGAGCAUUUGAUAUCGAUGUGAAAGAUAUAGAGCAGCCAAUGUUUGAUCUGAGUACAGUUACUAAUGCAACUGAGAACUUCUCAUUAACAAAUAUGCUUGGAGAAGGAGGAUUUGGAAUUGUGUACAAGGGAAAAUUACCAACAGGGCAAGAAAUUGCAGUGAAGAGACUCUCAACGAAUUCUGGACAAGGUCUUCAAGAGUUUAGGAGUGAAGUAAUUCUGAUUUCCAAACUUCAACACCGGAAUCUUGUCUGGCUUUUGGGAUGUUGCCUUGAAGGAGAUGAAAGGAUGCUAAUUUACGAAUAUAUGCCCAACAAAAGCUUGGACCAUUUCAUAUUUGAUCAGCAUAGAAAAACAUUGAUUACAUGGAAAAAGCGCUUUGAGAUUGUUAUGGGCAUAGCGAGAGGACUUCUUUACCUUCAUCAGGACUCUCGAUUGAGAAUUAUUCACAGAGAUCUUAAGAGUAGCAACAUUUUACUAGAUAGUGACUUGAAUCCCAAGAUUUCUGAUUUCGGCCUCGCAAGAACUUUUGGUGGAGAUCAAACUGAAAGCAAAACAAAGCGAGUAAUUGGUACUCAUGGCUAUAUGUCGCCAGAAUGCAUUGUUGACGGGAAAUUCUCGGUGAAAUCUGAUGUCUUCAGUUUUGGAGUGCUUUUACUAGAGAUAGUGAGUGGUAGGAAGAAUUGGAAAUUUCACCAUUCCGACCAUCAUCAUAAUCUUGUAGGCUACGCAUGGUUAUUGUGGAAAGAAGGCAGGGCAUUGGAAGUAGCAAAUGGCAUUGCUGAGCUAUUGUUGGUUGAAUCUGAAGUGCUUAGAUGUAUCCAAGUAGGCUUACUGUGUGUUCAAAAACUACCACAAGACAGGCCAACAAUGGCAUCAGUAGUUGUCAUGUUGAGCAACGAGAGUGUGACGUUACCACAACCUAAAGAGCCUGGUUUAUUUGUGGAAAGAAGUUGUGAUGAAACAGACACAUUACCACGCGAGGAAACAUACCUCACUCAAAAUGACAUGACAAUAUCCGUGCCGGAACCAAGAUAAACGAUUUAUGUACACGUUGCCUUGUAAAUCAGGUGUUGCCAAUGAUCUCAUCUUCUUGUUCACCAUUAAAACUACUUGAAAAUCCAGGCAUGCAACAUUUGAAAAUUUUCCAUGUCAGCGCUAUUAAAUUGUGUUUUCAGCACUAGAUAAUGAUUACACCCGUGGUUUAAACAAUAUAUCGAAUUUCUUGUUUCUAACCAUGGUUGAGAAUUGAUAUAUUUUCUCGACCUCAGUCUAAAAAGGCCCUACCUUGUUUUCUGCAUUUUUAUGUCAAUUGAUACUUAGUUGAGUAACUUA